AACUCCCUCUCGUCUCAGUCCUCUCACCCUCGUCUCUCUCAUUCCAUUCCAUCUCAACAACAAUGGCUACUCCUCCUGUAAUCCUCGCCGUUAUUUCUCUCCUCCUCCUAUCAGUACCCACCCAUUCCGCCACGUGCACGUCCCAGACAUUCUCCAAUAACAAAGUGUACUCCCUCUGCACCGAUCUGCCCCACCUCAAUUCCUACCUCCACUGGACCUACGACUCAUCCAACUCCUCCCUUUCAAUCGCCUUCACCGCCCCUCCCGCCAAAUCCAACGGCUGGAUCUCAUGGGGCAUCAACCCCACCGCCACCGGCAUGAUCGGAUCCCAAGCCCUCAUCGCCUACCGCCCUUCCAACGGCUCGACCGUCGUCCAGACCUACAAUAUCAGCUCCUUUAGCCCGAUCGUCCCAGGGAAGAUCGCCUUCGAAGUUCCAGAGAAGCAGGCCGUGUACUCCAACGACGCUAUCACGAUCUUCGCGACGGUCGUCCUCCCAACGGGGACGAAGACGACGGUGAACCACGUGUGGCAGGUGGGGCCCGAAAUGGACGGAUCGAGCCCUAAAAGGCACGAUAUGGCGCCGGCGAACCUGAAUGCCAAUGGUACGUUGGAUUUCAUGAAAGGGGAGACAGUGACUGGAAACAGUAGCAGCGGCGCCGGAGGGAAUUCGUCGACCCCAUCUUCGGUGGGGCCCACCUUCAGCAAUUUCUUCUCAUCUCCGCCGUUGGUGGUUUUGGUUGCAUUGGUUAGCCUUUUGGUAGUGGCCUGAUGUUAGUGUUGUUGUUGUUGUUUUUUUUUUUUUUUUUUUUUCCUUACCUGAGUGCGCAAUUUUUCUCGAUCGCGGUAGCGUUUGGAUGUACGCAAUUGCAAUUUGAAGUGUUUGCUUUUUUCCAUAUUUUAAUGGAUUCGUGAUUGCAAUCCAAUUCGAUAGGGACAUCCAAACACUCCCCCAACAUAUAGAUAAUGUUUUGAUAGAACCGUCUGUACGUUUUGAUUUUCAUUUUGGAAUAAAUAUCGCGGUAGAUUUAGUUCUUA